CCUCCCCUGUAUGUCCUCCCCUGUAUGUCCUCCUCUGUAUGUCCUCCCUGUAUGUCCUCCUCUCAAUGUCCUCCUCUGUUCUUGCAUCUACACAGUAGUCCUUAGGCUGUCAGCAUUGAAAUAUUCUGAAAUGUAAGAUAAUCCCAGGGUCUGGACAGAUGGACAUUCACAUCUACUGGCAGACUGCCUGACACCUGUUGAGCAACUGCCUUGUUUCCCUGACAGUCGCUGUGUCCAGGCUUCCAGCUGCCUCAAAGACUGUUGUCCUUCAACUAAACAAAAGUGUUCUUUCGUCUUAAGCUCUAGGUCCUGUGUGACCAGGCAUCUCUUUUAUAUUUAUAUAAUGUACAUAGUCGUUGAGACGAUGAUAUUUAGUUGUUUAAGAAACCAUCUGCCAUGGAGAGUCACUGGCACCAUUAAAAGCAGAUGCCAGCAAGUUGUAGCAAAACAGCUGCGUGUCGCUGAACAGCUGCAUGCAUCUCCGGAGCCAGACAGACCAACUGAGUGUUUCACAUACGGCACGAAAAAUAGUGAGAAGCAAACUUCAUGAACACAGAAGACUGCACUGGAGCUGAACUGGAGUGGAACCUAAGAAAGUCAUACUGUGAAAUCGAAGACCAGUUAUACAAAGAGUUAUGGCUGACAACAAACAACUUGGGAAGCCUGUCUCGUCCUUCAGAAAUGAUCUCCUCACCCAUGUCACACGCCACGUGGGAGCGGCCCAAAGAAACCCCAUAAAAAAGCUGGAUGGUUUGUUCCAGAAGAUGCAAGACAUGCUGGACAGCUCCUCGGCGGACAAUGAAAAGAUUUUGCGGGAUGUCCGCUUCAAGGAGGUCUGUAAGAUCCUCUACAAAUACGAGGGGAACAUAAAGUACCAGUUCAGUGCCUUCAUAAGCCUGAUGGAGCAGAUGCAGAAGACCCCCAGCGACGCCUGGAGACACAUGGAUAUUUUUAAGGACACUUACGAGAGAAACAAGAGUGACCUGAGUCUGGAUGUCUACUACCGAUGCGUGAUGGAGACCGGGACUGGGCUGUUCGGCAGGCCACUGCUGAAGGUCUACUCUGAUCACUGCGGUGGCAGCCGCGAGGCGAUGGAGCUGAUGUGCUCCUAUCUCACCAACGUUCUUCUCAUGGGUUUCACUGCACACCUGGCCUACACAGCCAUCACUGAGGACAGCAGAGAAGAGUUCAAGGAAAAAUGGAGCGCACGGCUGAAAAGCAUCAAAGUCCAGAUGCAAGCCGCCGUGCCCACUGACUUCGACCAUCCUGGCAACAGAAUGUUUCCCGGUGCAUCACAUAAUAACGCAACUCUGUACGUUUGCUUGUUACGUGUUUUUCUGCCUGCACAUUAGAUUAACUUUUUCUACCAAAAGACCUUCUCUCCUACAUACGACAUGAUUCCCGGUAUUGGCCAGACGGAGUGCGCAGUGAUAGCGGGUUGUAAAGCGUAUUUCUUUAAAUGUGAUCACAGGCCUGAAUCCUUCGUUCUGUU